AAAGCUCUGGUACUUCAGAUAACAACGUCCAAUCGUUAAAAUGCAAGAGAUCUAAUGAAUUGAAUGAAACUGCUAAAAUGGAUAACACUGAUAAAACGAGUAAUGUUGAUUACACUAAUAAUAAUAAUUCUGAAGACCAAUUAAAAACAAACCCGCAUGAUUCUGUUCAAGUCAAUCAAGAAUUUGAAGACAAA